AUGUCUGGAGGAAAAUCUGGAGGAAAGUCUGCUGCUGCUGGUGCCAAGUCUCAAACUCGUUCUGCUAAAGCCGGUCUUCAGUUCCCGGUUGGUCGUAUCCAUCGUCUCUUACGUCGUGGCAACUAUGCUCAACGUGUGGGUGCUGGUGCUCCUGUUUAUCUCGCUGCCGUUCUUGAAUACUUGACAGCUGAAAUCCUUGAAUUGGCCGGCAAUGCGGCUCGCGAUAACAAAAAGUCUCGGAUCAUUCCUCGUCACUUGCAAUUGGCCAUUCGAAACGAUGAAGAGUUGAACAAGUUGCUUGGCCACGUCACUAUUGCACAAGGCGGUGUGCUUCCCAACAUCCACAGCAGCUUGUUACCAACCAAAACCAAAAAGGCUGGUGCUUCUCAAGAGUUGUAA